CAGUGUGUUUCCUGUUUCUGUGAAGACUCAAACACAUACACACAGACUGGUAGUCUCACAGGCUUCCGUGAAUGCUUUUUUUUGAGUCAGCUUUGUACGGAAAUCUAAAGAUGACCUAAAGUCAGAGAGUUUCCUCUUAUUUUUUAAUGCAGUGAUGUUUUCAUCUGGGGACAUAUUUUCGUGAUCUGUUGUCUGUGCAACUAACACGUGUCCAGUUUCCACACAGUCUAAUCUGCCAGCAUGGACGAGAUUAUCCUCCUGAUACUUGCCUUCCUAUCAACUGGACUGAGAUAUGCCAAUUUGACACAACAAACCAACAGUUCAUGUCAUACAAUUUGUCCACCUGGAUAUUAUAAAAGUGCUGGCUGUGAGGAUCCAGUAAAACAGCACAGAUGUAGCAAAUGUGAUGAUGACACAUUCACAGAUAAAAACAACUUUUUACCAAAAUGUGAAACUUGUAAGGCAUGUAGUCAUCAAGAGGUGACAAUAAAGAACUGUACCAAUAAGCGUGAUUAUAUAUGUGACUGUCCAGAAAGACAUUACUAUUUAGAUGAACGUGUCUUUGGGGAUUGCAGGCCAUGCCCAGAUAAACAAUGUGAAGAGUCUGCUAUUCAUCGUGACUGCAAAAGGAAGUGUCAGAGCACAACUUCAGCUAUAACUACCUUGAUGAAUCUACCUACAACUACAACUACACCUAUGAGCGCUACAUUUAGAAGAACUAAAGCUCCAACCACUGCAGUGAAUCCAACUCCACAUCACUCACUGAACCAAUUCUCCUGGCUGCUUCUGGGGGGAGUUUAUGUUGUGACUUUUCUGUUACUUUCCUGCCUCCUUUUCCUCAACAAGAACCCACUAAGAUACCCUGCCAGUUGUCCGUUUUGGAGUGCAAAGAAAGACCUGGAGCUGCCUGUCGAGGAACCAAAAUUCAACGAACAAAACAGUCAUCAGGACAUCAGCACAACCACACUGACAUUAAAUAUAUCUGAGGAAACUCCCAUAAUGAUUCCAAAACAGGUGCUGGCCACACAAGAACAUCCCACACCAACCCACGACUGUCCUCUACUGCCAGCCACUGAACACAAAGCUGGCGGACAAUAUGAUCAUUCAGAGCACUGGCCCGCCAUCGUCCUGUAUGCCAUUAUCAAGGAGGUGCCCUUGCGUAGAUGGAAGGAAUUCUUGCGUUUGCUCUCGGUGGCUGACCAGCAGCUGGAGCGGGUGGAGCUGGAGGCUGGUUUGGGUCUAGGCUCCAAAGAGAGGCAGUACCAGAUGCUGAGGCUGUGGAGCCAGCGUUCCUCAGCAAGCUUGAAAGAUGUCUUCUCUGCCUUGCAUCACAUGGAUUUAUCAGGCUGUGCACAGCUGCUGCAGGAAAGCCUGGAGAAGCUGCAUUUGAGGUGGUCGCAGCAAGCAGAAAUUACACACAACAUGGUUUGAACGGGGCAAUGCAGGAAACCGGAAGUUGCAUCUGCAGUGUAAAAAUACCACACUAUCAUUAAAUCAGAUCAUCAGUGCUUAAACCUUUGACACCUGUAGACUAGAAAAGUCCAGUUCCUGGAGAGGACAUUACAGACUGUAUCCAAUACAUUGUUCAACCGCAGAAAACUUCAAUAAUGACCCAUUCUUAGUGAAUAAGAUGUAUAUUACAAUCUAGCUAAGAGCUAAUAUUAGGCAUUAUGAAGAUCUGUUGUGAUCAUGACAGGCUCAACAGGAAUUUACAUUUUUUAUGUUUUCAUACUUCUUGUAAUGGCUAAAUAGCAUGCAUUAACUUAAUCCAAAUAUCUCCAUUCUUUGUGUUUUUUGGGGUUGAGAUUUAUUUGUAUCUAAAUAAACUUGCAAAAUGCACCAUGUUCAUACGAAA